AUGUCGGUCAUAACGUCACUCUGGUGGCCCGAAGAUAGGAUCCAAGCCACUCUGUGCUCAGAGUAUAUCUUCAACCAUCUACCCUCCAACAUUCUACACCGUCUCGUGACUCCUUUACCGUGGGGUGAGGGUCUAACGAGCGAGACCUACCUCGAAUGGAUUCUCGCCAAAGCGGGAAGACUCUUCCUAAUCCUCGUUGAUAUCGGGAUUCCCGAGCGGAUCUUUGCCUUGGUAGAUGAGUCCCUUGACGAUUCAGAUCUGCCCAUUGCGGCCCGCAGUGUCGAUCGUCUUCAUCUAUCCCCAGACACGGAAGAUCCCGCGUUGGACUCCAAAUUCUUUCUGGCGCAGUGGCGGUUUGUCGUGCGAGGCAUCAGCGAAGGAGGACAUGUGAAGUAUACGGAGAACGAGGGCGUGCCGGUAGAAUUACUACGGACCGGGACAGCCCUGGCGAGAGAUGGCGUGGAAAGGGUGGUCCUCGCUGGAUCUGUGUGUCGGGUGUAUCUGCGAACUCAAGUCACGGUUGGUGGGCCACCACAUUUUUUUGAGGAAGAUGAGGUCCUAGAAGAGGUCCGCUCGCUGAGAAGUCUUUCCCAUGAGCACGUUUACUCGAUAUACGGGUCAUACUUUGUCGACAACACAGUGUGCAUUCUGUUUACUGGCGUAUACGAACGCACUCUGAUGUCUUUCCUUACGGACGUGCCUCCACAAUUCAAGCACCUGUCAAAGGAACAACGCCGAGAAACUCUGGUCAAUUGGCCGCAUUGCCUGGCAAAUGGACUAUCGUGGUUACAUGCACAGAACCAAGUGCACGGCGGCAUUCGACCGUCUAAUAUCUUCAUUGAUGCGGACUUGAGAAUCUUCCUAGGACAAUUCGAGGCCCUGGAUACUUUGCUGCCUCCGGUCAAGGUCGAUGAUGUCGAAUCAUAUCAGUACGGAGCUCCGGAACGCUGGGUUCGCUCUGCUACAGUUCAAGAUACUGGUCCCUCACGGACAGCCCUGCCCUCGGGUGGACGCACGGCCCGCAGAUCGUCAUCUCGACCAUCCAGACUGGGCUUCGGCAUGCGCAAAGGAUCGCAUUCAACGGACCAUGAAGCUGUGGACUCGCGUCCAGAAUCCAUGCUCUCUCAAGGAACUGCCAUUCGAGUUGUAUCUCCUGGUUCUCCGUCUCGAUUCUCCUUUGGGCCUUCAUCAUCAUCUGGGUCAAGCAACGGAAGCGCUCGAAAACGUGUCAUAUCCUCCGUGAGACGACCUAUCUUCUACACACCCUCGAUCACAUCGUCCAACUCUUCGGGAUCUUCUUCGCACCACGUGUCUCUAGAUUCGGUCGGCUCGCCGCUUACGCACUCCCACGCCGCAGUGGUCCACACUUGGCAAUCCUGCCAAACUGAUCCGAAAGCAUCGGACAUUUUCUCCCUCGGCGCCAUCACCGUGGACAUUUUCACCCAUUUAUGUAAACGCAAGAUAUCCUCAUUUACUCAUCACCGUGGAGCCAAGAACCGGACUGCCGGCCGCGGAGGGGGCGUUGCGGAUUGCUCGUUCCAUCUAGAUCGAAACAUGGCCCAAGUCACCUCCUGGAUCACCUUAUUGGACCAAGAUGCAAAGAAGCAGAAAAGCCCCGUGUUCCAGGCCAUCCGAGCCAUGCUUUCCAUGUCCCGAGGCAUGCUGAGCAAAGACCCAGCUGGUCGUCCGUCGGCCUCGCAGGUGGACCAAUGCUUCUCAUCUGCAAUCCAGCAGCUAGGCGGCGUGGCCAACUUACACUGCUCGUCCAUUGUACACCUUGCCGUGCACGGGUCCAAGAGCCCACUACCUAGAAUAAAACACACAAAAGAGGCACAGAACCCUCAAAUACUCGAGGUUCCCUCGAAAUCAGCGACACCCACGCCAGUCUCACCGAGCAAACAUCUAACAGUCUAUGAUCACUCCGGUAUCGCCCCGGGAGGAACCGACAGUCUCACCCCAUCUCCAGCUGCAUCCAUGACCAACUUCAAUUUCCGUUUCGACAAUUACCAUGACAGUGAUGAUACUGAUCAAGAGAGCGGUGGGUAUACGACCGGGUCUGACCAGCCUACCUGGCUUGAUCCCGACCUGGCAUUGAGCCCGGCUGCUGUCAAUGAUCCAGCUUGGGAUUAUAGUUUUACGAUGAGAGAUAGAUAG